AUGCAAACAAUGAAGGUCAACCAGACAGUCCUGAAGGAAUUCAUUCUUGUUGGCUUUUCCGUGUACCCCCAUGUGCAGGCUUUCCUCUUCGUGGUCUUCCUUUGCCUCUAUCUUCUCACCCUCACAGGUAACCUGGCUAUCAUGGGUCUAACUUGGGUGGACAGAUCUCUCCACACCCCUAUGUACCUCUUCCUUGGUGCCCUCUCUUUCUCCGAGACCUGCUACACACUGACCAUCAUCCCCAAGAUGCUGGCCGAUCUGCUGACUGAAAACAAGAGCAUCUCAGUCAUGGGGUGUGGCUUGCAGAUGUGUUUCUUCUUGGGACUCGGUGGCACAAAUUGUAUCAUCCUCACCUUGAUGGGAUAUGAUCGCUUUCUGGCCAUCUGCAACCCUCUCAGAUAUCCACUGCUUAUGACCAAUGGGGUGUGUGGACAGCUUGUGGCCUCUGCUUGGGGGGGAGGCUUUCUCAUCUCUCUGAUAGAGACUGCACUGAUAUUCAGGGGCUCCUUCUGCAGCCCCAACCUCGUCAAACACUUCUUCUGCCACAUGCGGACAGUGGCGAGGCUGGCCUGUAUAGACAGCAACCUCACUGAAUCCAUUGUGACGAUGAUCUCAGUGUCAGGCUUGAUGGGCACCUUCCUGCUCAUCAUCAUCACUUACGUGUUCAUUCUCUCCACUGUAUUCAGGAUCCCAUCAGCCAAGGGCAAGCAGAAGGCCUUCUCUACCUGCGCCUCGCAUCUCACAGUGGUCAUUAUCCACUUUGGGUUUGCCGCUAUUGUCUAUAUGAAGCCAGAAACUUCGGGGGGAGAUGAUACCCUCAUGUCUGUCCCUUAUACAGUCAUUACUCCUUUCCUCAGCCCCCUCAUUUUCAGCCUCAGGAAUAAGGACAUGAAGAAUGCCUUUAGGAAGGUGCUUGGAAAGAGAAGUUUCUUAAAUAAAUAA